GACAUUAAAACAACAAAAGAACAUACGUGUUACCGUUAUGUUAUUUUUAUAUUCUUAAGAAACCUUAACAAUAGAAAAUAUAAAUAAAAAAAAACCGUUUGAGAAAACCAGACAGGUGUUAAAAAAGCUAAAAGAAAAAUAAAAAAAAACAACAAUAAUCAGGAAUAAAACAUUUUGUACCAUUUGAUGUUCAAUAUGUACUAAAAGGUUAGACGCACUCUUUUAGCAUGAUGAAAUAAUUUACAAGUUAUAACAGAAAGAUUACAUAAAUAUUUACAAUAGAAAUAACAACAAUACAAAAUUUAUUCAACAAUGGCUCCUGUAACUCGUUCAAAGAGCAAGCCUAGCACGCCUUCAUCAUCAUCAUCAGAAAAUGAUACCAAUGUCAAAUAUAAAUUAAAUAUAAAUUUAUCACGGAUAUUGAAAAAUUAUCAGUCACGUCUACUUGUUCAUACAAAAGCCUGGAAGACCAAGCAUCAAAAUCAUUUGAUUAAUUUGUUUUAUCAUGCAUUUUUAGAUGCUCGUAUAUUUGAACUAAGUACAAAACAAAUGAUAGAAGUUGCUCGUAAAUAUUUCGAAAAUCAAGGCAUUAAUAAAUUUUAUUGUGAUCCAGUUUUUUUGAAGAGAUGUUUAUCAAAUUCGGUGAUACUUCGAAGUCUUGUUUUGAAAUUUAAAGAUCCACAAUCUGUUAAAAUUGACAGAAAUAAUGUUGAUCAUUCAGUUGUAAAAUUACAAACUCCAUCUGACAAAAAUGACGAAUUAAAUAAACAUUUUUGUAAAGAACAAAAUGCAUCAUUAAAUAUUGAAAUAAAAAAUGAAAAUUCGUCACAAGUAUUAACAAACAAUGAUGUAUUAAAAAAGCCAAGUAAUCAACAAAUAAUGUAUGUUGAUAAAACAGCAGUUAAUAAUAAAUUAGCUGUUAUAAAAACAACGACAGCUAAUGAUUUGCUAAAACAAGCUGAUAUUUUAUCGACUAUUAAUGUUAAAGAAAAUGCAUUGAAUAAUGAUUUCACAUCAAAAUUAUUAAAUGAAGUUAUAAAUAAUUCAGGAAUUCAUAAAUUAUCAUAUCAUGUUAUUAAUAUUCAAGAGAAAAUAAUAGUCAAAAGACAAGUUAAACUGUUAGUAAUAUUGUCAAGUGAUAAAAUUCGAUUAAUAACAUUUAAUUUAUUAAAUAAAAAAUAUUAUGUUAAUGAUUUAUUAUUACAAGCUGGUAUUUUAUUAGAUAAAAAACCAGAAGUAUCACAUGUUGUACAUCCAAUAUUGGGAAAUAUAAAUUACAUUGUUGAGUGUGAAACAACAAAAAUAAUGAUAAAUUCAAUUAAAAUUAAUUAUUCAGCUUCAAUAUUAACAAGCAAAAUAUUAUUUAAUCCAAAAAAUUAUAAAUAUUCAUGCAAAUUAAUUGAUGAUCCAAAAGAUACAAUUGUUAAACAACAAAUUAAAAUAUUAGUUGUAAUGCCAAAUAAUAAUGAAAGAUUGAUUACAUUUAAUUUAUUAAAUGAUAAAUGUUAUCUUAAUGAUUUACUUAAACGAGCUGGCAUUCCAUUGAAUGGUAAAACAAAAGUAUCACUUGUUGAUAAUUAUCAUUCAUUAAAUAUUUAUUAUGCUGUUAAAUAUAAAACUGAUGAAAUACCUAAGCCAUCAUCAUCAUUUGACACUAAUACAUUUGAAAAUGAAAAUUUAACAUCUACAGUAGGUGAUAAAUGUGGAGCAUCAUUGAAUUCAUUUGAUUGUUGUAAACAAAAAGAAGAAAAUAGUACUGAAUUAGUGCCAAAUAAAUGUUCAUUUAGUAAUGAAAAUAAUAAACCAACAGAUGUUUUAGUUGAAGAGAAAUUAUUUGACAAUAUUGGACAAAAAAUUGCCUGUAAUGAUAAAAAACAAUUGUCAAAUAUUAAAAUUUCUACUGUACUUGAGUGCUGGACAAUAAGAAUUGGAUUAUACGAGUAUAAACCAGAACAUCUUGUUAUGAUAGAUUCAACCGGUCUAACACUACUUGUACCAAGACAUGAUGAUAAAAAUUCAUUUGUCAAAUUACGUAUAAAAUAUGAAGAAAUAAUUGAAGUUGAAAUACACUGUGGUGAAACUCCAGCAUUAUUUUUGUACACUGAUGCAAUUGUUGCUUUGAAAAUACAAAAAUUAUUAUAUAUGGAAAAUAAUGGUCAAUUAUAUAGAAUGUAUCUGUGA